GAAGAAGUAGAAGAGAACAAGAAAAAGUCAAUUCGGUUGGUUAGUUGGCGAAUUCGAGAAACGAUGUUCAAUUUCUGGGGAUCAAAAGACCAACAGCAAGGGCAAUCUCGUCCUCAGGAAGCUUCUUCACAGUCACCAUGGUACUCGCCUUCUUUAGUCGGCUCGCCAAGCUCAUCCCGGCCUCAAACUUCAGGUCAGAUUGGAGCAAAUGUUUCACCGGGUGAAGCAGCUGGCAUUAUCGCCUUCUUGAAAGACAAAAGCGUGGAUGAGCUCAGGAAGCUUCUCUCUGACAAAGAUGCGUAUCAGCAAUUUCUGCUCUCUCUUGACCAGGUCAAAAUCCAGAAUAGUAUCAAAGAUGAGCUCCGCAGAGAAACAUUGCAGCUAGCUAGAGAGAACUUGGAGAAGGAGCCACAGAUAAUGGAGCUCAGAAACCAAUGCAGAAUUAUCCGUACAACUGAGCUUGCAGCCGCUCAAGAAAAGCUUAAUGAGCUUGAGAGGCAAAAAGAAGAGAUCCUCAAAUUCUACUCCCCUGGUUCUCUUCUUCAUAAACUUCAAGAGGCUAUGAAUCAGGUGGAUGAAGAAUCUGAAGCCCUGCAAGAGAAGUUCCUAGAGAAAGAGAUUGAUACAGUAGCAUUUGUGCAGAAAUACAAGAAGCUGCGUACUACCUAUCAUCGACGCUCAUUGAUCCAUCUUGCCGCUAAAACCUCAAACAUUUGAAUUUAAAAAGCUUUGCACAUUGAACUCAACACAACCAAAGUCUUGGUUGUGUAUUGUGACUCUCAUCCCAUUGUUGUAAAGAAAAUGCUUUGCUGUUUAGGUUCAUACUAAAGUGAUUUGACAUUG